AUUCAUUCAUAACGCCGACCUGGAUUAUCACGCAGUACAGACGAGGCUCCUUUGCCGGGAACUUCGGAAGAAGUUACUAGGAAUACUUGGGACUUUCAACCCCAUCAUUUAUUGCCAGAGUAGAGAGACGAACGCCGUACACGCCGCUAAAACAAUGAAAAUGUCUGCGUCGGAGACCUCCAAGGUCCUGAAGGAGGGAGAACUGGAGAAGAGGAGCGACAACCUGCUUCAAUUUUGGAAGCGGAAGACCUGCGUUUUGACCGCAGACAGCCUCAACAUUUACGCCGACACACAGAAGACCAAGGGCAAGGAGAUCAAACUCCAGUCCAUCAAGAAAGUGGACUGUGUAGAGAGAACAGGGAAAUUUCUCUACUUCACCAUAGUUACCAGUGAUAAUAAGGAGAUUGACUUCAGGUGCUCUGGCGAGGAUAACUGUUGGAAUGCCGUCAUUACAAUGGCACUGAUUGACUUCCAGAACAGAAAAGCCAUUCAGGACUUUAAAACACGACAGGAACCAGAGAACACGAUCCCAUCACCGCAAGAGAGGCGAAUGGGCCGAGCACCAUGAAAAACUUACGACGGACUUCGCUUCGUUUAUACAUGUUUGAAAACCGAACUGGAUCAUGAUGCAAAACUGGACCAAUCGGAGGCUCCAUCACCCAGUCUGAAGUCGGCCAGUUAUGGGCGCACACCACGAAUGUCCCGGAGGUCCUGAACAGGAGACAUGAAAGAAAACCUUUUUCGGUAGUCACAAGCAACCGUCAAGACUGAAUCUUUGGACUUUUCUAAGUAUUUUAAAUGCUUUUAUCAAGGGUCACUUCCCAUGUAUCUAAGAACCCCACAUAUAAAAGCCUUAUUUAUGUGUCAAUCCCUUGGUUAAAAAAAGGUGUAUCAUACAUUGCCUAAAUUAUUUUCAUGUACUAUUGUUUGUAUUUAUUUAAAUAAAUAUUUGUGAAUUUAAAAUGAA